CUCUCUCUUCGUUUCCGGAAAUCCCGGCUUCUUUUUUUCUUAUAUUCUACUACUCGCAGCCCUUUACCGCUUUAUCCUUUUCUUCCUCCUUUACCACAAAUGCGAUUCGCUUCAUGCACACUGUUGCUUCUUGCAAAUGUCCUUCUGGCAUCUGCACAGCCAAUCGAGCAACAACACUCCUUUAUGAGCCCUGAACAACAUGGCGACAUUUGGUCCUUGUGUGAAGAUCCGGCUUCUCACACUUUGAGAGCAUACGAGAAUGGUGUCUACAUCUCUCCGCACAUUCCUCGUACUGGGGAAGAUAUUAACGUCAAGAUUAACGGCAAUCUAUUGUCUGAGGUGACGGGCGGCACCGUUUCAAUCGACCUAAAGCUGCUUUCUAUGAUCAAAGUGAACAAAAACUUGGACCUGUGUAGUGUGCUCCAGUCGGAUGUAAUGGGCCAUAAAAGCUGUCCCUUGAAUGCUGGCGAUCUGUUAUUGGAAGCAACAGCAUAUAUACCUCGUGAGAUUCCAAAGUUGCCGUUGGAUGGUACGAUCCGCAUCUCAGAUCAAACAGGCAAAACCGUUACAUGCAUUCGUCUCAACUUUAACUUACAGUAAACAAGUGCAUAUAAUGUUCGGUCAAGUCUUCUUAUUACAGUCAUCAUAACAGUCUCCUAAUCGUUGUAUAACAAGUGUUAUUCUCUACCAAAUCCCUCUUUAUACAUUACUUACAAAAAAAUACCAUUAUUAUCAAUAAUAAUAAUAACUACUUAUGUU